AUGUUGGUUUGGCUCUAUGCUAUACCUGUUGGUUUCGGGUCUCUUCUCCUAUCCCUCUCUCUCUAUUUCAAAGUAUGGUACAAAUUGAGUGUGCAAGCUCAAAUCACUCGUUUGAUUUUUCAUGCUUUCCGAUUGAAGGCUAAAUAUGGUUGGAGUGGAUGGAAGAGAUCUGUCCUCGAGGACCACUCUCUCCAAAAUCUAUCUGAACAGGAAUUGGCUCUUAUGGACAUGAUGGACACUCUGAUUGGUAAAUUUGAUAGUGCAGAAAAUCAGCAAGCACCAGUCGACAAUGCAUAUUUCAAAGAUAACAAGACUUCACGGGAGGAAAUACUGGCAGAAAUUGUCAAAUUCAGAUCAACACUGCCCGAAGGCAUCCAUCAGUCCAAGGCUGGUCCAUUCUUUUAUCCCGAUGAGAAGGUUUAUUUGAGGACGAAUUUUGAAAGCCCAAAUCGUCAUCCCAGUAUUUACUUUAAUUUUCAUGAUCGAAUAAGGAGGACCAACUGCGCAAGCAAUCAAUGCAGCACUUCAAUAGACAAAUCAGUGCUGAAAAGAAACCAUGAUCUGGAAAGAAUUGCUCUCAUUCACUUCCACGGAGGUGGUUAUAUCAUGGGGGAGCCUUCGACAUGUUACACCAUGGAGAAACUUUGCUCCGAGAAUGGGUUUGAUUUGUUUGGAGUCGAUUAUAGUUUGUAUCCUGAAAAUACGAUUGAGGAUGCUAUUGAAGACGCUUUCAAAGCAUUCAAAUGGUUAGUUGAUGAGAAGCAAGCAAGACACGUCAUUGUGUUCGGUGAGAGCGCUGGAGGUCAUCUAGGAAUCAUGCUCUGUGACAGAGUGGCCCAGGAGAGAGAACACAACCAUGAAUUUGCUCAAAACUCCAAGUACAAUUGUAUACGAGCCUACUUUGGAUUCUCUCCAUGGUGUGAUGUUUCAAUGUCGAGUAAGGGAAUGAAUGAUUCUAGUCAUUGCGAUCGAGCUCUUCCCAACAAGGCACUUCAUCAAUUUAAAAAGUGGGGCAUUCCUCUUGGAUUUCAUCAAGAAGAAAGAGCCAAGAAAUUGUCACCCAUUCAUUUUGAUUCUUCUCGACUCGAUCGAUUGAAACAAAUCAAUUCUCGAUUUCUAUUUUCUUAUUCCAAGAAUGAAAGAAUGUGUUCAGAAAUUGAAACUUUUAUGGAAAUGCUUGAAAAUGCUGGCUUCUACGUUGAAAAACACACCACAACUAUUCCAUUUCAUUGUUUUCAUAUAUUUUGUGAUUUUAUUCCUGAACAGUUUUCGAAAUUAGAAAAACAACUCGAAAGUUUUAUUUUGAAUUCAACCAGCACGCUACAUGUGAAAGAGUGA